GAGGCUUCCCAGAGCCUUGUGAUGAUGACUUUGUCAAUGCUCUAAAUUUCCCCUGGAGACCGAUUCCCUCGGUGCCCAAAAUAGGUCCCUGGCAUCCAGGUCCUUUCUGCCCAACUCAGCUUCUCUAGAUUUCCUAACAAAUUAAGAGAUGUCCUUGGCGUGGCUCCAGUGAUGUGUUGAGGGACCAGAAUCCUGUUUUCUCAGGGAUACGCUCAUGAGGUCGUUUCAGGCCCUGGCGCACCUGUCAGCUCCAGCCUCCUGGGCUUCUUUCCCUAGGACAGGGGGAUAUAAGAAAGAUCUGGGCAAGAACAAAGAAGAGCCUCUCUGUCAUCUCUGGUGCCCUUGUUUUGAAUCAUAGGAUUCAGAAGAAGACGGUCAAAGUCACUGACUAAGCCUUGGAGGCAAAAACUUUCAUUGUCUCUAUCUAUAGGUCCAGCAGGAUCUCUCCUUUCACCCAGGCCAUGUAUGGUGCCUGUCACACGGGCCAGUUCAGAUUCUGUGUCACUACCUGGAAGAGGCACCCAGGCCCAAGCAUUGGGGUCGGGGGCUCACAGGAGCCCUCUGAGUGAGAGCACCUCUGUUGCCCACCUCAGCUUCCACCACAGGAGUGAAGUUCACCCCACUCUCACUCUGGGGAGUCACCCGUUCCCGAAUGAGUCAGGGUCACUCACUCGGUGACAGCUGUGGCUCGCCUUACAGGAGCUAAAUUGGGAGUUGGAAUGUCACACACACAUGCUCCUUGUUCCCCACCCCCACGUUAAAAGCUAAUCUCCUCUCUGGGGAGUGAGAGACAAACAGCACUGCCCACAGAGUGGACAAGAGGGGUUUGGGAAACAAAAGGAGAAAUUUCCAGGGACAGAGCCAUUCAGGGAGAGAGGAAGAUAAAAAGCUACAUGUGCCUGGCCAAGGUACAGAGCAGAAACUAAGCGAGGCAAAGUGUCUGAAAACAGCUAUCUAAGGACAAGGCAAAUUGUUUUGAGGAAGGGACAGGAGACAUAGCAGAGCUGUUUCAGGAGUGAGCAACAGAAGGGAACGCAAAGAGUCGGAAGACUGUCGAAAGUACACGAGGAAGGGUCCAGAGGCAGUGAGAGAAGGCCAAGACCAGGGCCAAGGCCAGGGUAGGCACAAUCGCUGAGGGGAUGAACUUCACGGUGGGUUUCAAGCCGCUGCUAGGGGAUGCACACAGCAUGGACAACCUGGAGAAGCAGCUUAUUUGCCCCAUCUGCCUGGAGAUGUUCUCCAAACCGGUGGUGAUCCUACCCUGCCAGCACAACCUGUGCCGCAAGUGCGCCAACGAUGUCUUCCAGGCCUCGAACCCUCUGUGGCAGUCCCGGAGCUCCACCACUGUGUCUUCAGGGGGCCGUUUCCGCUGCCCAUCUUGCAGGCACGAGGUGGUCCUGGACCGACAUGGCGUCUACGGCCUGCAGCGGAACCUGCUCGUGGAGAACAUUAUCGACAUUUACAAGCAGGAGUCCUCCCGUCCACUGCAUUCCAAGGCUGAGCAGCACCUCAUGUGCGAGGAGCAUGAAGAUGAGAAGAUCAAUAUCUACUGUCUGAGCUGUGAAGUGCCCACCUGCUCUCUCUGCAAGGUCUUUGGUGCCCACAAGGACUGUGAGGUGGCCCCACUGCCCACCAUUUACAAACGCCAGAAGAGUGAGCUCAGCGAUGGCAUCGCGAUGCUGGUGGCCGGCAAUGACCGUGUGCAAGCAGUGAUCACACAGAUGGAGGAGGUGUGCCAGACCAUUGAGGAAAACAGUCGGAGGCAGAAGCAGUUGCUGAACCAGAGGUUUGAGGGCCUGUGUGCGGUGCUGGAGGAGCGGAAGGGUGAGCUGCUGCAGGCGCUGGCCAAGGAGCAGGAGGAGAAGCUGCAGAGAGUCAGGGGCCUCAUCCGCCAGUAUGGAGACCACCUGGAGGCCUCCUCUAAGCUGGUGGAGUCUGCCAUCCAGUCCAUGGAGGAGCCGCAGAUGGCGCUCUACCUGCAGCAGGCCAAGGAGUUGAUCAAUAAGGUCGGGACGAUGUCGAAGGUGGAGCUGGCCGGCCGGCCGGAGCCAGGCUAUGAAAGAAUGGAUCAAUUCACCGUGAGCGUGGAGCAUGUGGCCGAAAUGCUGAGAACCAUCGACUUCCAACCAGGCACUUCUGGGGAGGAAGAGGAUGAGGAGGUCGCGGUGGAAGGGGAAGAGGGCAACGCAGGACCAGAGGAAGAGCGGACGGAUGGGCGGGAAAACACAGGCCAGCACUGACUCGCUCCUGUUGCGGAUCCUGCGCACCCGGGUCCUGGCGCUCGCAUGGUAAACGACCUGAGCAGAGACCACCAUGCCACCCAGCCCGGCGCCCCGCCGCGGGGGAGGGGCUCAAUAAAGAGCUAAUGCGUCCCGA